AUGUCUACUCUCUCACCUAUUGAAGUCAAGAGGCGACCGAUCAAGCCAACAACCUGCUUGCUAUGUUUUCAGACACCGAGGAGUGCUUCCGUCACAUUUCAUAAACACUGCAUCGCUGCAGUGACCGAGGCUCUUUCGUCGGCUUCGAGAGAUGACCCCGACUACAACCAGGAGCCAAUCUUGGAAUCUGCACUCGCUUCUCGGCCAAUAAUACAUCCACAGAGGCAUACCGUCCAGCUCCUUGCGAAGAAUCUCUUCGAGGAGCCCGUUUCUACGUUCAUUCAUACCCGUUGUGAUCUCAAACGGCUCAAAUCCCUGCCUUUCAAUGUUCUGAGCAUCAUCUGCACAUAUCUGGAUCCUUUCCCCGAGCUCAUGUCCAUCAUCCAAACGCUGCCUCUUUUGGCACGAUACAUGGAAUGCGACAAGCCUUCCUGGUCUACACUCACCGAUUUGAAACCGGGUAUGACACUCUUUAUGACUUUCGACAAAGCACGCGGAAUCGAGUACUUGACCAACCUUAGUAAGACCAACGAAAACCUCAAUCAGAGUCGGGUACUUGUCUUGGGAGAUGAAAUAGUUGUGUGCCGCGACCACUUUGGAAUUCAGAGCUUGUCUUGCGGAGAAGGCCCUCCUAAGCGUGACGAGUCAAGGAACUCCUUCUAUUCUACUAUACCAUUAAGGAAAGUUGGUGUUAGUUCAUCUCACCUCCGGCUCUUCAAGGAUGGUGUUAUUGUGCGGUUCCUUGCCCCUACCGCGGUCGAUAACAUCCGGGCGGUUGAAUGGAACGUGCCAUCCCUCCCUACUAGCACCAUCCGAUUCUCAAAAAAUGUGCGCACGUCGCAGCUUGAUCCUCUUGCCCGCUUCGAAUAUCACAGUCUUGUCAAUAUAAGAGGGAUAUCUGCCGUUGUUCGUAACAGCCGGACAAUCGACCUUUUCUGCCACCAGAAGACCCCCGGUGUCGAUUUCGCACUAUUCGCUCGCCGUUUCGAAGACGUAUUUCCCGGCCAUAGGCUACUCUUUCUCUAUUUCCCGGUAGCGAAAGAGGAGAACGUUCAGAUUGUUUGUCUCCGCCGUCUGACUCUGUUCAAGUCUCCGCUGGACAUGCCGGUAUUGCAGGUCGCAACGGAUAGAGGCAGAAGCUAUACUUUUGGCCCUCGACCCAAGAACCAGAAUCUCUUCGUGUUUGAAGCUGUCUCGGCCGAAAGUCGAGGGCGGAUUGAGGGUUUCUUCCAUCAGUCUGUCGGCGAGCAUGCCGCUAGUUUCACCGAAGCAGGUGUAGCAAUAUCAGGUGAAUGCAAGCAGGACUCCACACCGGUCUGUAUUCCACAUGGUUCCUAUUCACACCCUCGAAUCGGCAGUCCUGAUCAAGACUGGUGCCUCAAUGUGGCGCCUGUGACAUCUUCCACGACAAUGCAGGUGUGCAGGAACGACGCAGCCGACCUUCCGUGCCUCGGCGCCCUUCUGUACACCGGUGACACCGUGGAGAGCUUAGGUCAGGUACGAUUCGACAGGUGCUUGUCUCAGCCGGUCCCUGUCCAGCACUGUCUGUUUCGCAAUCAUGUUCGUGAUAGGCACCGAUAUGUCUACAUCCGUCAUGUGCUGGCGCAUGAAGAGGACGAGGCAUGUGACGGCUGGGAGACGUUCCCCACGGAAGGGAAUGAGUGGCACUGGAGAGGUGACUGGACGCAACUAUAUCGAUUCAGCUUGCUGGACGCUAUCCUCAGCCUCCACAAACGCUCCAGACAGGUCAUCAUCUUCCACGUUCCCCCCCUCCAGGUUCGGCGUCUACAGCCCCGACUGUUCUCUCGGCCAUCGCUCUUUCACCAUCACAUCCCAGUGUCUCAAAUUCCAAAAUCUCUGGACUUGCUCCAACGCGAUCAAGAGUGCUGUUGGCCACUCUUCACCGUCUACACGCCAUGUUGUGGGAAUGUUGAGGAUGGAUUGGUUACAUGGCUUUAA